AUGGCGAAUAUAUUUCUUGUAACGUAUAUCAUUCCAUAUUCAGAUAGUGACAAUUUAGGUCUUUCCAGCAAAUCUCUCCCCAAAUUGGACGCUUCCACUCGGUCACAUGUUGAAUUUGAAGCGACAAGUGAAAAAGAAAAUAAUGUUAUUACUAGAGCUAUACUUGAAUUCCACUAUAUAUCCUGUGUCCGGUUCAUUUCAAGGACAAAUGAGGAAGAUUUUAUCCACAUUUCUAGAGAAGGAGGAUGUUCAUCUUACGGGGGCAGAAAUGGUGGAGCACAAAUACUUAAUUUAUCUCCUGAGUGUCUCUAUUUAGGAAUUAUUAUGCACGAAUUGAUGCAAGUUUUAGGAUUUGUACACGAGCAUACUCGGCAUGACCGAGACGAAUAUGUUACUAUUAUCUGGGACAAUAUUAAAGAUGAUAAUUUUUUGAAACUUGACUGGUACGACAUGAGUGUGUUAAAUGAAAGAUAUGAUUACGAAUCAAUUCUUCAUUACCACAGAUUCACAUUUAGCAAGAAUCCAGGUAAAAGUCCUACUUUAGAGCCAAAGAAAAGAAGAGCUAGAAUUGGACAGCGGAAAUACCUCAGCGCUGGAGACAUAAGAAAGAUUAAAAAGCUCUAUAAAUGCGCGAAAUUAUGA